AUGCUACUCUCGCCUCAUCAGUCCAACAAGCCCGUCCACCAGGACACCGACAUGGCCGAGGACAUGGACGAACCCCCGGAACAUCGGUUUCUUAAUUCUUCGCCGAUCAACGUUGAUGAUGAUGUGGUUCGCGUCAAGCCUACCAACAUAGUGGAUCGGAAGGAAUCUCUCCUCACUCGUGCUCUCAAAAGCAGCCCGGUUCUGAGCACUUCAGGACAAGAUCCGUCCUCACACGAACACGCUUUCUACCGUUCCUACCAUUAUACCAACAUUAGCGGCGUCUCGACGGCUGAAUUGACAAGUGACGGAGGCCUUACCAGUCCGUCCAUGUCGAAUACUUCAAGCCCUCCACUAAUGUCCCAGCUCACCGAUAAUAAUACGGCCACCAUAGCUGAUAAUAAGAAGCUGACCGUGGCAGAGGGAGGAGAGUCGGCGGUCGAAGCUAAUCUGGGCCGCAAGAGAUGCAUCAGUUUUGCAUGCGGGCGUAGAGUCGAGGACCAGAAGGUACAACCUCCUACGCCACAACGACUCAACGCAAAGCGUCCUGAGACAAAUACUACCUCGACAGAGCCCUUCAAGCGGAAGACUGUGCUCACAUUUGUCUGCCCAGUUCGAGACCCGGAGACUCGACGGGAUCGAUCUCCAGUCCGUGGGGCUGCCCUAAGAUCACGCCCUCGGGGAUCACCCGCUCCUGUUGCUCGCAAGGCCUCACCUGAGAACAAAGCCCCUCUCACGACCGUCGUUCCCCAGCAGCAAGAGCAGAAACCGUCUAGUGACCGAAGAGGUGUCCAUACCAGCGGACUUGGCAAGUUCGAGGAAUCUGAGGCAACUCGCUUCCAUGAAUUCGCAAGCUCUGUUGAGGAGGAUGAUGAAUGGGUCACUAAGACUGGCGAGUAUGAAGAGAAGAUUACACUUCACGAUUGCAUGAAGAAGGAAAAUGCCAUUCGGAAGCUCGGGGAAGAAGCAGAGGAGGAGGCUUUGAAUGACGAGGAAGAGAAUGAUGAUGACGACGGCGAAGACGAAGAUGAAGACGAGGAUGAUGAUGAUGAUGAUGAUGUUGAUGAUGAUUCUACUGUUCAGGACUUCUCGUCAGAUGAUGGGAACGAGUCAGACAAUGAGGAAGGCUUUGCCGAAUCCGAUGAGAGUGAUGGCUCGGAAUAUGAAUUCUGGGCCCCCACCACGACAACUGCCGCUACCAGUCCUCAAACAUUAGAUGUUCCUCGUGUUACUUUCACCCGCCGUGACUCAAACACUUCGUUUGAAUCGUUAAAUGAUGAUAACCAACGCCGGAGGUGGCCACCUGCGUUAUCUGACAAAGGAGGCAGUCGCCCGACCAAGAUCCGUAAGAUGCGUCCAAGCACUCCUCACCUACCUGAUAGUACGGACUUCGUUUGUGGAACUUUCGAUGAAGACCGCCCUUUAGAGGCUGCUUACAAAUCCUGCAUCGAACAACGUCGUCUCUCCAAACAAAUCCUUAUCCCCCAAGACAUUGACCCCAGCUUUCCUACAUCGGAUCCCGAGGAGGAGGACGAAGAGGACGAUGACGAUCUUCACGAGUCAUUGGUGGUUGAUGAAGCGCCCCGAGGAAGGGCUGGCGUGGAUCAGUUUAGAAAGACUUCUCCUCGCAUUUCUCCCAAGCGGAUGGUCUCUCCCCCGCCACCUCGUCGCCAUGGUCGUUCUUCACCCCGACGUAUGCGCUCCCCGCUUCCAAUUAAAUUCAAGUCACCUGCUAAGGGUGACCGUUCCCCAGUGGAAGGUGCUGCCGAUCUUCGUCCCCAGGGCCUCAACAUCAGUGAAUUGGUCCAGCGGCCAUAUAUGACACGGACUAAGUCGCUGCCUCGGACACCGAAUCCUUUCUUCACCAGUUUGGAAAGGUCUCACAGGUGGACAGGAGUUGGUCCCCUGAGGGGAUCUCCUGAACUUGAAUCGUCACGCGGACGUGACGUUCACACCCGUGGCCCCAUCGAUAUUGUCGAGGGCUUGGAGAAAAAACGUCAGAAACGAAAAGAAAAGUUCUGGCGUCAACACUGUCGCAAAGCUGCCAGAGAGCAGAUGGAGCGGCGACCAGUUCCCGGAAAAGGUGCUGAACGGAUGAAGGACCUUGGCCUCGCAGUUGCUGAGAGAUGCCGAGCUUAUGGCGUAGGAGAAAACGCGCAGCUCGUCCUAUCCGUCUAG